AUGAAGUGUUUAUGCCUCCUGGUGGCUUCUGCGGUCCUGGUACACGGAUACUCGAUAAGGGACAAUGAAAUCGAAACAUCCCGUCUGCAGACCAGUGAUGAUCUCUUAAAUAGUGUUGUGAGUGAUUGUUUCGAAGCCGACGCGCCGAUGUCCUGUCUCAAAGUGAAAGUCCUGUCUUUCUUGGACACCAAGCUGGGUGUAGCAUCGGAGUCUGCGAGGGCCCUCGACGAGAGGAACAUCGAUAAAGUGAUCUUCGAUCGCGUCGGACGCGUUCUCAACGAGAAUGAGUUCAGGUUCCAGUUGCCAGAAUUCCUUUUCCAGAGCGCUGAGGUCUCUUAUCGCGCUGAUAGGGGCUUCGACGUGGACUUCCCCGAAGAGUCUGAAAAUGGAGAAGCUCGAGGUAUCUUGAAGAAGAAGCUGCUGCUGCCUGUUCUUCUCCUUCUGAAACUGAAGAUGAAGGCACUGAUGCCCAUCCUGGUGACCAUCGUAGGCAUUAAGGCAGUAAAAGCACUCAUUCUCAGCAAGUUAGCUAUCACCCUGGUCAUUGGAUUCCUAGUUUACAACCUUUUAAUGAAGAAAGGAGCUAUGCCUAUGAUGAUGGCUGCCCCAACUGAAGCACCGGCACCGCAAUACGGACCUCCAGCUUCUCAAUACGGACCACCCUCUACAUCAGCCCCGAUUUCAGCCCCAUCAGACACCUACGGACCACAGUGGGAGCCCUCAUCUUCUGGACCUUAUUCGAGAGUGUGGGAUCCUAGUUCCUUGGCGUACAGCUCGUACUAUCCUAGUGACAGUUCUAACCCAUCACCGAGCUACUCCAGCGUAUCAUCAAUUUCAUCAUCGUCAUCAUCAUCAACCACCAAUUAA